UUGAUUUAUUGACAUAUGAAUGAUAUAAUUCGAGGAAAGAAAGCUUUUGCAAACACUUCUUGUAACUCAUUUUGUCUUUUUGUUUUUUCUUGCAGAGACCUCAGUUUCAACAAACUAAGUGGAUCGAUUCCUGAUAAUUUUUUGGGCCUGUCAAACACAGAGUACAUAUAUCUAACUGGGAACUCCCUAACUGGUCCAUUGCCUGGUUGGAUGCUGAAAGAUGGAGAUUCCAUUGAUCUAUCCUACAACAACCUUACAUUUGAAAACAAAUCCUCAAAUUGUCAACCGCGCAGUGAACUGAACUUGUUUGAAAGCUCAAAGGGAAAUACAACUGGUAUCACAUCUUGUUUAAGGAGCUUUCACUGUGAGAAAAAGUAUUACUCUCUCCACAUAAAUUGUGGUGGAAGAGAAGUAAAAGUUGAUAAAGAUACAACAUAUGAAGGAGACGGCGAAUCUGGUGGGCCAUCUAAUUUCGUGCAGAGUAAGACUAACUGGGCAUUUAGCAGCACAGGUCACUUCAUGGACGAUUACAGUGUAGAUUUUUACAUCCGGGAGAACAUCUCUAGUAUCUCUGGGCAGGAUCCUCAGCUGUACAUGAAUGCUCGACUAUCUCCUCUGUCACUGACAUAUUAUGGAUUCUGUCUGGAAAACGGAAACUACACAGUAAACCUUCACUUUGCUGAGAUCAUGUUUACUGCUGACAGAACAUAUAGGAGUCUCGGAAGGCGCAUAUUUGAUGUUUAUGUUCAGGGAAAGCUGGAGAGAAAGGAUUUCAAUAUUGAAGAUGAAGCAGGUGGAGUUAAUAAGGCAAUUGUUAGAAACUUCACUGCUUCUGUCACUGAUAAUACCUUGGAGAUUCGCUUCUACUGGGCUGGAAAAGGGACUAUUAGAAUCCCAGAUAAAGGAGUAUAUGGUCCACUCAUUUCAGCUAUCUCCGUUAAUCCUG